GUGAAAUCCGAGAAAAGGCUAAGUCUACGGUUAUGGUGCUCAGGAACAUGGUUGGGCCUGAAGACAUAGAUGACGAUCUGGAAAAGUAACGGAGGAAUGUGGGAAAUUUGGAGCUGUUAAUAGAGUGAUCAUCUACCAGGAGAAGCAGGGUUUUCUCCCAAACCAAAUAAAAAUCACUUAUUCAUGCUAAAAACAAGCACAUAUACCCACCAGGACUUACAAAAACAACACGCAGAGCCCCAGGGAUCGGAGAGAGGCUGGAUUGACCUCCCCCAGAUCCCUGAAAAGCAAACAAGCAGCGAAUGGGUUUUGACGUCACUGCUGCUGCCCUCUAUAAUAAGAUGAGACAAACAAACAGCAGAGCAGUUACUAUUCAAGAUGAGAGGAUUCCUGAUACUGCUCAGUGUUCUGCUGGUGCUGGAGGCAACAGAGAGAAACAAGACAUAUGAAGAACUAAACCAAGAAAAACGAGGAAUUGUUGACAAGGCUAUAGAAAAGGCCAAUCAGGAAUUUGGAAAACAACACCACCUUGAUUUUUCUUCCAUUUUACAAACUAAUGAUGGAAAAGGCAUGCUCCAUGUGUUAUUAAAACCCACCUCAUGUGAGAAGAUAACACCAGCCAUUCAUCAGGAAAACUGUGAAAUCCGAGAAAAGGCUAAGCCUCAGGUGUCUUGUGUUGCCUGUAAUGAAAACAUGAAUUGUUUCCUUCUCAAAGACCAUGUUAAGUCAAGAGAAGCUGUACUUAAGUGUUUAGGACUGAAUGUUUAUCACCCCGGUGGAGGAAAUGUUAUGUCCCUGAGAGGAGAAAAUCCGCAAAAAACUGGAUGUCUUGGUUGUGUCUGAGAAAAAAAAAAGGAUUUUUGCAAGUGACUGUACGAAUUAAAAAGAGUAUUAAUAAUACUAAUGAAAUAUAACUUCUAAAACAUACCCCUUAAGCCAAGCUUCUCUCCUGGUUAACAUAUUUUAAAAUGUAAGUACAUCGUUGGGUGAUGAUGGAAGCCUCCUCCUGUAACCCAACAACUUUCACCACCUUACUUUGUGCACCACUUCCCUUUAAACAUUUUUCUUUACUUGAAAAUAAUCCAGCUGUUAAACAUUCAUUGAAUAUUUGGUUUCAGUUUCGUUCUGCUCUACACCUAAGAGACCUUUCAACUAUUGCUCCAAUUCUUCACAAUAUAUCGUUUCUACCCUCUUUAAUGGAAAGAGCCUUUAACAUCUGGAGGGAACAUGGCCUAAUUACAGUUGACCUACCCAAUUCUCAUUUAUUUAGAUACUUUCAGUUAUGGAACUUUAUCCUUAAGCAGUUUUCUAAUUUUCCCAUUGUGUCAAAUAAAGGUAUACUUGAUGAUAUACUCGACCUUCAUACCUCUUCAAAAGGGGUUAUUUCUAAAAUCUUUACGAUUAAUAACACAAAACAGUCCCCCUCAACACAUGUACUGAGGGCUUUUGGGGAGGAGGAACUAAAUUUAACAAUUGAAGAAAAUAUCUGGGAUCUUAUUUUUGCACGAAUACAUUCAUCAUCAAUAAACGCUAGGCAUACUCUCAUUCAAUUCAAGGUCGUGCACAGAAUACACUGGUCUAGAACUAAACUGAAUAAAAUUUUCCCUGAUCUUGACCCAACUUGCCUUCGCUGUACAACCGAACCAGCCACACUGUUACAUACUUUCUGGUCUUGUUUGAAACGGACUAUUUUUGGGGGAAAGUCUUUAGGUGUUUUUCUGCUGUUUUUUCAGUGUCAAUAGACUCGAACCCCUUAACAGCACUGUUUGGAAUCCUGCCAGAAUAUGUUGAAUUAAAUUCAUUACAGGCCGAUAGUGUAGCCUUUGCAACCUUACUGGCUCAGCAGCUCCCUCUUCUUAUCGGCAAUGGGUUUUUGAUUUCUUACUUGCUCUUCAAAUGGAAAAAGAUUCGGUUCGCAAUAAAACUAAACAGUUCCAGAUAAUUUUUUUAAGGAGACAACUAUAUCUUAAUAGCCUUUUUUUCUUCCUUUUCUUUGUAUUAUUUAUUUAUUAUUAUAAAUGUGGUAUUUUACCUGUUGUUUAUAUUCUUAUUUAGUGUAUAAUUACGUUUUCCUGAUAAUUUCUAGUUUGGUGAAUUAUGUCAGUGCGUAUAUCUAUAUGUAUUAAUAAUAUGUAUAUUUUAAUGUCUGACCUAAAAUGAACCAAAAAAAAAUUUUUUAAGUACGUCUGCAAUUAAUGACAAAGACAUUUCUCCUUCAGUAUUCAGUGUUUUCAAUAUGCUUCAAUCUUCAUGUAUUUUUGAGAUAAAUAUAGAUAUUGAAAUAUGAAAUAUGUCCUGAAAUGUCAAAUUGAAAAAUAGACCUAUAAUUUCUGGAAAGCAAAUUGUAACUUUAUCCCCAUGUUUUAGUGGAUUAGUUUAAAAGCGGUAUAAUCUCGAAAAGAACCG